UAUUUGCGUAAUUUCAUUAUUCAAUAGGGCUAGCUUGGUCAUUGCGAGUUAAUUUGAUCUACUAGAAGAUAUGAAAAUGGAUAUUUCUGACUUCAAAAUUUUCUGCUCUGCCUUUCUAUUUCGCUUUACCGAUUUUCUAACGAAUUCCCUCUUCUUUUCUUAAUAUAUUUUUUGAGCGAAAAUUUUGGUAAAUGCAAGAAAUCCACUUGAUCGACGGUGGCCGUAAAUUUAGCGGCGGCAGAGGAGGAGGAGCGGGAGAAGGUGGAGACGGAAGAUUACGACAACAGCACCACCACCAUAACCAGCAAGCACUUAAGUGUCCUCGCUGCGAUUCUCUCAACACGAAGUUCUGCUACUACAACAAUUACAACCUUUCUCAGCCGCGUCAUUUCUGCAAGGGCUGCCGUCGUUACUGGACAAAAGGAGGCGUCCUUCGUAACGUACCCGUCGGCGGUGGCUGCCGCAAAGCCAAACGCUCGAAAAGUAAAGCAAAAGUUUUGUCCGAAACAUCCUUAUCCGCAGCCUCCGCCGCCGCCGUAUCUUCACCGCCACAUCCAAAACGACAGCAGCUGCAAAACCAAAUCCGUGAUCAACGUAAAGUGAACUCUCACUCUAGCAGCGAGAGUUCGAGUCUUAAUGCAGCAAAUUGUAACGUUGCAGUGACGACCGGUGAUAACAUAAACAGAAACAAUAACAGUUCUUUCGGCGGGACAGCGGAGGCGGCGUCGGCGAUUACUUCUCAUUCCACGUUUUAUGGAAACCCUAAUAAUUUAGAAUUCGAGCCAGGAUUGCUGGAACAAGGAUCGGACGGCGGGAUUUUCUCGGAGAUUGGUAGUUUAACCAGCUUCAUUACUCCAUCAAACAAUGAAACGCUGUCGUUUGAUUUCGGCACUGUAUUAAAUAGGUCAGGGCUGUGGCAGCAGCAUGAAAAGAAGAUGAACAUGGAAGGGGAGGAAAUCACCGGCGGAUGGCUUGAUCAGACGGCGCAGGUUGAGCAAUCACAUUUGGAUAGAAGAUUGGAGAAUGCAUUUAAACCGUUAGAUUGGGAAGGGACUGGAGAUCAGGGACUGUUUGAUCAUUCGAACGCCGUUGAUCAAACAUAUUGGAGCCAAAAUCAGUGGACCCAUCAAGAUCAUCCAACUCUUUAUCCACCGUAAAUAAUCACUCACU